UACUUUGCUCUCAUUCUCCCUCUCCGUCCCUCUCUCUCUCUCUCUCUCUCUCUCUCUCUCUGUAGUCCCCUCUCUCUCCCUCUCUCUUCAGCUCCAACACUUUCUGCCCAGAAUCUGCUGAAGAAGUUUGGGUUUUUCCUCUGUUUUUUGCUUCUCAUUUUUGUUCUUUCUGCAUUAUGGUCGGUGAAAUGAGGUCUAGAGCUCAGAAGCUGAUGUGGGUGUUGAUGGUUGUGGAGCUUCUGUGGUGUUACUCGGUGUGUGGGCUUGAGGGCUUGAACGUGACAGAGCUCCAUGAUGUAGCAGAAGGGCAUGGUUAUGGAGGUAGCAGGAGGCCAUUGAUGGUGGGGCUUAGUCUUAUUUAUGGAGCUGCAGCUAAAGGAGCAGUUUGCUUAGACGGGACUGUACCGGGUUACCACAUCCACCGAGGAUAUGGGUCAGGCGCAAAUAGUUGGCUCAUCCACUUGGAGGGAGGAGGCUGGUGUGAUACAAUCAGAAAUUGUGUCUACCGGAAGAAAACCCACCGCGGCUCAUCAACAUACAUGGAGAAGGAGAUCCCCUUCAUAGGAAUUCUUAGCAGCAGACCCGACGAAAAUCCUGAUUUUUUCAAUUGGAACAGAGUCAAAGUCCGUUACUGCGACGGAGCCUCAUUCAGUGGCGACAGUCAGCAUCAGGCAUCACAGCUCCAUUUUAAAGGACAUCGAAUAUGGCGAGCUGUCAUGGAAGAUUUGAUGUCGCAAGGGAUGCGCCAUGCCAAUCAGGCUCUUCUCUCUGGGUGCUCUGCGGGCGGGGUGGCCUCAAUUCUGCGCUGUGACGAAUUCCGUAGUCUUUUUCCUGGGACCACCAGAGUCAAGUGCCUGAGUGAUGGAGGAUUAUUUCUCGAUGCACUCGACAUAUCAGGAGGACGCACAUUGAGAAGAAUUUUUGGAGGUGUUGUCAAUUUACAGGGGGUUCGAAACAGCUUACCCUUGACUUGUACAAACCGCCUGAAUCCGACUCUGUGCUUCUUCCCGCAACAUAUGAUCAGCAGUAUUAAGACUCCACUGUUUCUUCUGAAUACAGCUUAUGAUACAUGGCAGGUACAAGCCAGUUUAGCCCCACCUAUGGUUGAUCCACGUGGAUAUUGGAAUGCAUGCAGAAAGAAUUAUGCGCGUUGCACCACUCCCCAGAUCAAUUUUCUGCAAGCAUUCCGACACCAAAUGCUCAGAUCGAUAAGACGCUUCUCGGGCUCCAAGAAGAACGGCCUCUUCAUAAAUUCGUGCUUUGCUCACUGUCAGACCGAGAGACAGGACACGUGGUUUGCCCCGAACUCUCCUCGUAUCAGAAACAAGGGAAUCGCCCAAUCAGUCGGGAACUGGUACUUCGACAGGUCCGGUGUUAAGGCCAUCGACUGUCCGUACCCUUGUGACAACACCUGCCACAAUUUGGUGUUUGAAUGAUGGCUGCAAAUAUUGGAACAUUGAAGCUCCCAUUAUUAUUUUCCCUCUGGUAAUUAAUUAAAUUUAAUUAAAUAUUUCAGGGAAAAUUUAUAAUUGUUCAAACUGGCGAAGUUGGAAAGAUAGAAUCAGGACCUUGCUAAAGCUAUGUAAGUGAUGAGAAAGCCAUUGCCCAUCACACAAAUCGCAAGGUUUCCUGUCCAAUUCGUUCGAUAACUAUAUAUAUGCAGAAGUAUUUUCCGAGUUUCCUACAGUCAUAUGAAGAUCUGAUCUAUAGAUGUACUAUUUGUUCUUGCAACAAUUUAUUGCACGGUUUCAUCGUGGAUCGAACUUCUUGUAUACAGCAUUCUUAAUCAGGAUACUGGAACAAAAGAUUUGUUUAUGACAUGAAAUAUCUUCCGAAAUUGCAGAAA